CUGAAAAUCUGGGAAAUUUUUCAAAAUAAAUAAAGGGAAAGAUUAAAAAGCUCUCCCUACAGACCCAACAAAUUUCAUUUUGUGAAAUUUUGAAACCCAUAGUUCUCUCAACAAAUGGCUACCAACGUGGCGGCGUACAAGCUCCACUCGCCCAAAUUUCCGACCGUCAAUGCUAAUAAAUCUUCCGUUUCAGCUUCGGGUUCGCUGUUUUUCGGCUCGAAUUCACUAAAAAAAUCGUGGGAUAUGAAUAAAAAACCAAUCUUUACAGUCAAGAAGACAAGUCAAUUGAUGGUUUUGGCUUCGGUUGCGACGGCGGAGAAGCCGUCGACAGUGCCAGAGAUUGUGCUGCAGCCCAUCCGAGAAAUCUCCGGCAUCGUUAAGUUGCCGGGCUCUAAGUCACUUUCCAACCGCAUUUUGCUUCUAGCUGCUCUGUCUGAGGGAACAACGAUUGUUGAUAACUUACUAAGCAGUGAUGAUAUUCAUUAUAUGCUUGGUGCCUUGAGGACUCUUGGACUUCAUGUGGAGGAAGACAAUGCCAACAAACGGGCAAUUGUGGGAGGGUGUAAUGGUCUUUUUCCAGUCGGUAAGAAAACCGAGCAGGAAAUUCAGCUUUUCUUAGGAAAUGCAGGAACAGCUAUGCGUCCUUUAACUGCUGCAGUUGUUGCUGCUUGUGGGAACUCGACAUAUGUGCUUGACGGGGUUUCUCGAAUGAGAGAGAGGCCCAUUGGAGAUUUAAUUACCGGACUUAAGCAGCUCGGUGCAGAUGUUGAUUGCUUUAUGGCCACAAAUUGUCCUCCCGUUCGUGUUGUUGGAAAAGGUGGUCUUCCUGGGGGAAAGGUGAAACUCUCGGGCUCGAUUAGCAGUCAAUACCUGACAGCACUUCUCAUGGCUGCUCCAUUAGCUCUAGGAGAUGUAGAGAUCGAAAUAAUCGACAAACUAAUCUCAGUACCUUAUGUUGAGAUGACUCUUAAGUUGAUGGCUCGUUUUGGUGUCUCGGUUGAGCACAGUGACAGCUGGGACAGGUUCUUGAUCCGAGGAGAACUCCCGGAAAUUUAUGUUGAAGGCGAUGCAUCAAGCGCCAGUUACUUUUUGGCAGGUGCAGCUAUUACCGGUGGAACAAUUACUGUCGAGGGCUGUGGAGCAAGCAGUUUACAAGGUGAUGUUAAAUUUGCUGAGGUUCUUGAAAAAAUGGGUGCUGAAGUUACAUGGACUGAGAAAAGUGUCACUGUAAAAGGGCCUCCGCGUGAUGCUAAUUAUGGUCGAAAAAAUUUACGUGCAAUUGAUGUAAAUAUGAACAAAAUGCCCGAUGUUGCUAUGACUCUUGCUGUUGUGGCUCUCUUUGCCAAUGGACCCACUGCUACUAGAGAUGUGGCCAGCUGGAGGGUCAAAGAAAACGAAAGGAUGAUUGCCAUUUGCACAGAACUUAGAAAGUUGGGGGCGAAAGUUGAAGAAGGGCUCGAUUACUGUAUUAUAACUCCACCCGAGAAACUGAACGUGACCAAUAUAGAAACGUACGAUGAUCACCGCAUGGCCAUGGCUUUUUCACUUGCGGCCUGCGCGGAAGUUCCUAUCACCAUUAUAGAUCCUGGUUGCCACCCACAAAACUUUCCCUAAUUAUUUCGAAGUUCUUUCCACAUUUUCAAAACACUGAAAAUCGAAAAACGAGCUUUUUUUGUGACUGUCAAUGAUGAGUUGACUGCGCGAAGGCCUUGUUUGGUAGAUAGCGAUUAGCUGCUAGCUGAUUGUAAUAGCUGUUUUGACCAGUGGAUUGUAUCAGCUGUUUUAACUAGUGGAUAGUAGUAGCAGUUUUCAUAAAUAUGUUUGGUAAAAA